GGGCGCGGGCCGCGGCGGAAGGAGAAGCCGCCGUGGACCCGCGUCCGCCGCCGCGGCUGCCUCCUCCGCGCAAUGGCGCCGCCCGCGCUACCCCGGCUGCUGAGUGCGGGUGUCGGCCCCGGGCCGCUCCGGCUGCACGUCCUCAAAGCGAUGGCCGCGGGGCCGGGCCGGCCAAGCCGCAGGACGCUGGGAAGCACCGCGGCGCCCGUCGUCAGCGAGCCCGAGGGCGGCCCCGAUCUCCAGGACAGGAUCCUCAGCGAGCCCCUCAAGCACUCCGACUUCUUCAACGUCAAGGAGCUGUUCUCCGUGAGAAGCCUCUUUGAUGCUCGGGUGCAUCUGGGGCACAAGGCGGGCUGUCGGCACAGGUUUAUGGAGCCCUACAUCUUUGGGAGCCGCCUGGACCAGGACAUCAUCGACCUGGAACAGACGGCCGCGCACCUGCAGCUGGCCUUGAACUUCGUGGCUCACGUGGCCUACCGCAGGGGCAUCAUCUUGUUCGUGGGCCGGAACCGGCAGUUUUCACACCUGAUCGAGAGGACGGCCCGGGACUGUGGCGAGUACGCCCACACCCGCUACUUCAAGGGCGGCCUGCUGACCAACGCCCCCCUCCUCCUGGGCCCCGGAGUCCGUCUGCCAGACCUCAUCAUCUUCCUGCACACGCUCAACAAUGUCUUCGAGCCCCACGUGGCCGUGAGAGACGCGGCCAAGAUGAGCAUCCCUACGGUGGGCGUCGUGGACACCAACUGCAACCCCUGCCUCAUCACCUACCCCGUGCCUGGCAACGACGACUCGCCCCCAUCCGUCCAGCUCUUCUGCGAGCUCUUCCAGAAGGCCAUCAUCCGGGCCAAGGAGAAGCGGAGGCAGGUCGAGGCCCUGUAUCGGCUGCAGGACCAGGCAGGGGCCUUGGCCCAGGGCCCAGCUGACGCUGCUUCCCCAGGAACACUGACCAAGCCAGGCGUGGGUCAUUCCCCGUGAUGUGUCCGCUCUGCUCCCAAAUAAAAAAAGCAGCCAAGCCUCCCUC